AUGGCUAGUGCCAUGUUAAAUGCUUUGUCCAUAGAGCACAUCGAUGUCUUCAUUGCGCCAGUGGCCGAUUCGCCCAUAAGGAGCUUCGAGGUGCUCAGCCGGCUGGCGUCGGAGCAGCAGUACCUGGAAGCCAUGCUGUGCUCGGUGCAAGGAAUGCUGUCCAACCUCUUUGAUGCUUCCUGCAUUUGCAACGAGCAGGGAGAGGUGCGCUGCUGGCAGAGUCCGCAGAAGGACGAGGCUGCCGCCUCUUUGAUGAGCUCCUGCAACCUCGUGGAUUUGACGACUGGUCCCCACGACGCAGCGCAGCUGAUCGGCUUUCUGCAGCGGAUGAACUCCAAAGCCGCGAGCACCACGGACUUGAUGGAGACGCUCAACCUGAAGCAGGUGAAGACCAACCUCGAGGUUCAGCUGAGUGGCAUCAAAGUGCCCACACGGCGUGCAGUGGACGAAGCACGUAUGCUGGUCGGCCUGAAGCUGGUGAAGUCUGAGACACUCGGGAGAAGCGGCUCCAAGGGCCGCGGGGACUCACCCUCUAAGAGGAAGCCCGCGGUCCAUGGAGAGAGCAGACCAGCUGAAGCAAGGACUGAGGGGCCGCCGCAGAUGAACCGUCUGAUGACGGGGAACUUGGCGGACGAUGAGGCGCCCAGGCAACGGUCCAAGGGCCCAGGAGCACCCAGGGAGCCAGCGGAGGGUGUGCUCAAGCGCAAGUGCACCGACACGGGUGGCCUUGCUGAUGAUGAAGGACGCGCCCAAAGGACUCCGCAACGAGCAGGCCGGGGCCUGUCCUCGCGGCUGCAGCAGCGCGCCAAAGUCGGCGGCCUGAACGUGAAGGUCGACUGCAAACAAGUGGUGGAAGAAACCACUGAGACCUUCACCGACGCGAGCGAGCACUAUGACAUGCUGGAACAGCUGGGCCGGGGUGCAGUGGCCACAGUAAAGAAGGCGGUGCGAAAGAAGGACGGCCUGGUGGUGGCACUGAAGAUCGCAGGCUCCAGGGAAAACGGUGCCCUGGUGGAGGCAGAGUUCAAGAUGCUGCAGACCAUCAAGCAUCCCAGCAUCAUCCACGCCUUGGACUACUUCAAUACCAACGUGAGCGCCAUCCUGGUCCUGGAAUACUUUGACGGGAGCAGCCUCGAGGUGGCGGUGUGCAAAUCCUCCCGGCGCCGUUUCCCGGAGAUCACCAGCCGGGAGCUCUUCCGGUCCCUGCUCUCUGCGGUCUGCUACCUCCACUCGCGGCGGAUCAUCCAUCGAGAUAUCAAGCCAUCAAACGUGCUGGUCUCGGAUUGCCUCAGAGAUCUUCGGCUUCUUGACUUCAAUGUGGCCAAGCGCCUCACCGAGGGAGGCGCUUUGACGACCACCGGCACACGGCUCUACUUCGCCCCAGAGGUCAUCAACGGUGAACCGGCGCUCGAGGCCAAUGAUGUCUGGGGCUGCGGGCUCUGCGUGUUCUUCAUGCUCGCGGGGCGCCUUCCUUGGAAGAAUCUCCCGGACGGGGUCUUCGUGGACCACCCCGCGCUCAAGGUCACGGGCACAUGGCGCCCUGGACGCAUUUGGACGCAUCUGGACGCCGGCGGCGACGGCCGAAGACGAUCCGUGAGGGGUGCCGAGAUUUGUCAGAGCCUUGCACCGUGGCUGAAGACGUGCAAGUAG